AUGGGCCUUUCCAAAAGCAAGCCCAAGCACAGGAAAGGUGAGGAGAAGGGAGCCGCGGCCCCCAGGGGCAAGGACAGGCCGGCGGACGGCAGCCCGCAGGACGCCAGGCAGCCCGCCGACGGCGUGCUCGUGGGCCCGGGGCCCGGCCGCCAGCGGCCGUCUUCCCCGCAGUCCGAAGAGAAAUCUGAGACGAAGCCUAAGAUGAACCACAAAAGGAGCACCGUCCCAAAGAUCACCAUCACUCGGGCCUCCAACGAGACUCUGGUGAGCCAGGACUCCCAUGGCAGUGAUGAGCAGAAAACAAUCCGGGAGCAGGUGGAGCGUGGCCCCUACCAUCGGCACAGGAGCCCCAGCACCGUCGCCGCCUACAAAGAAUAA